GUCACGCGCUGCCCGGCUGGGUCCAGCCUGUUGCUGAUGCUGCGGCGCUGUGUUCACCAUGGAGCCGGCGUGGCGGAUCUGUUCGGCCCGACUGUGGCUGCUGCUGCUGUCGCUUCUACUGGGCCUGAGCGCAGUUUCAGGAGCUGCCAUCGACUGGCCCGCACAAGAAGGCAAGGAAGCAUGGGAUUACGUGACUGUCCGAAAAGAUGCCCACAUGUUCUGGUGGCUCUAUUAUGCGACCAACCCUUGCAAGAACUUCUCAGAACUGCCCCUGGUCAUGUGGCUUCAGGGGGGUCCGGGCGGUUCCAGCACUGGAUUUGGGAACUUUGAGGAAAUCGGGCCUCUUGACAGCCAUCUCAAGCCACGGAACACCACCUGGCUGCAGUCCGCCAGUCUCUUGUUUGUGGAUAAUCCUGUGGGCACUGGCUUCAGUUACGUGAACACAACUGAUGCCUAUGCAAAGGAUCUGGACACAGUGGCUUCGGACAUGAUGGUUCUCCUGAAAUCCUUCUUUGAUUGCCAUAAGGAAUUCCAGACGGUUCCGUUCUACAUUUUCUCAGAAUCCUAUGGAGGAAAAAUGGCUGCUGGCAUCAGUCUAGAACUUCACAAGGCUAUUCAGCAAGGGACCAUCAGGUGCAACUUUUCUGGGGUUGCCUUGGGUGACUCCUGGAUCUCUCCUGUGGAUUCAGUGCUGUCCUGGGGCCCUUACCUGUACAGCAUGUCUCUCCUUGACGACAAAGGCUUGGCUGAGGUGUCGGACAUUGCAGAGCAAGUCCUCGACGCUCUAAACAGGGGUUUCUACAAGGAGGCCACUGAGCUGUGGGGGAAAGCAGAGACAGUCAUUGAAAAGAACACAGAUGGGGUAAACUUCUAUAACAUCUUAACUAAAAGCACUCCAGAAGCCUCUAUGGAAUCGAGCCUUGAAUUCCCCCGGAGCCCCUUAGUUCGUCUGUGUCAGCGUCACGUGAGACACCUACAAGGAGACACCUUGAGUCAGCUCAUGAAUGGCCCCAUCAGAAAGAAGCUCAAAAUCAUCCCUGAGGAUUGUUCCUGGGGAGCCCAGUCAUCUUAUGUCUUCAUAAGCAUGGAGGGAGACUUCAUGAAGCCUGUCGUCCAUAUUGUGGAUGAGUUGCUGGAAGCUGGGGUCAAUGUGACUGUGUAUAAUGGACAGCUGGAUCUCAUUGUGGACACUAUGGGUCAGGAGGCCUGGUUGCGGAAGCUGAAGUGGCCACAUCUGUCCAAAUUCCACCAGCUGAAAUGGAAGGCCCUGUACAGCAAUCCUAAGUCUGUGGAAACAUCUGCAUUCGUCAAGUCCUAUGAGAACCUAGCCUUCUACUGGAUCCUAAAGGCGGGUCACAUGGUUCCUGCUGACCAAGGGGACAUGGCUCUGAAGAUGAUGAAGCUGGUGACUCAGCAGGAGUAGAAUGCCUGAGCUGAGCUGAGCUGAGGAGCUGGCUGGGCCUGGAGACCCUGGAGCAGAGCCUAGGGUGUGGGUGCUGAUGUCACAGGCUCUUCCUUGACUCUCAUGUGGGAUGUGACUAUGGGGGCUCCUGCGAGCUCCUGUACACUGGAAGACUGUGGCUUCUAUAUCAGCUUAGAAAUCAGUUCUACUUUGUAAAGAGGAUUACAAAACCAGACUCACUUCAUCAAAAUGAAGGAUUGUAAUGGAUUGGCCUCUAUUGCACAAGCAAAUAGUAACACACGUAAAUUCCCGCACUUGAGAGGUAGAAGCAAGAAGAUCAGAAGUUCAAGAUCACCCUCAGCUACAUUGGAAGUUCAAAGCCAGCCUGCCCCAGAUGGGAGAGACACAAAGAAAAUAAUCAACACCCACUGAGCCGCCAACUCAAUGUCUAUGCUUAUAGGUCUUUUAUGUGCUACAUAUACCUAUAUAUUUUUACAAAAAUGGAGUCCAUACAGUAAGCUAUUUUGCCUUCUGUUUUGUUCACAUGUCAAUGUGACCUGCACUUCUUCUUCUGUCAAUAAAUGUGCUGUGAUGUUUUUAA